AGAGAAAUUAUUUAUACAGUGGAGAUAAAACAUUCUUUUCAAUAUAUAAGCAAUGUUAUUGUGUUAUUUUUGUUUUGUACGAUCUACUUAGCUUUUUAGGUCUAUGUGUUGUUCACAAUCAUAGUUUGAAAAGGACAGGUGAUACAAAUCCCCGAUGCCCAGCACUCUUUAACACUGAAGAAACUGAUGACCACAAAGCUUGAAAUGACAGUUGCAAAUAAUGAUCAUCGUAUGGCUGAAGUCUUAAAUACAAAAGAAGCUUUCCUAAAGAACUGCUUAUAGAAUUGCAAGAAAAUCAAAUCAGAUUCUGCGCUUGACUUCAGAAAACCUUAAGGACGAUUUUGGAGACCCUGCAGUGGUGGUUCAUGUUCUCCAACUGCACAAAUAUGAACUUCAUGGAGAAGUCAUCAGGAGAAUAUCAUUCCUACAUCCUCAUCAUAAAAUUUCAUCUAAUGAAACCCGAUGCAUUUUGGGAAUAAUUCCUGAGUAAUGAAGUUGAAAUGGAACUUUUUAGCCAUAAUGAGCGAAAGUACACUACCAUUCAAAAGUUUGAACGGUAAACUUUAAACUUUGAUAAUAGCUGUUACAUAUUAAAAAUAAAAAGCCGUGUUAUUUUCAAAUAAUUUAUUUCCCUUUAAAAGACACAUACAGUACUGUUCAAAAGUUUGAGGUCACUUAGAAAUGUCCUUAUUUUUGAAAGAAAAGCAUUUUUUUCAAUGAAGAUAACAUUAAAUUAAUCAGAAAUACAGUGUAGACAUUGUUAAUGUGGUAAAUGACUAUUCUAGCUAGAAACGACUGAUUUUUAAUGGAAUAUCUACAUAGGGGUACAGAGGCCCAUUUCCAGCAACCAUCACUCCUGUGUUCUAAUGCUACAUUGUCUUAGCUAAUGAUGUUGAAAGGCUAAUUGAUGAUCAGAAAAUCCUUGUGCAUUAUGUUAGCACAUGAGUAAAAAUGUGAGUUUUCAUGGAAAACAUGAAAUUGUCUGGGUGACCCCAAACUUAGGAAUGUUUGGGGUCACAUUUCCACCUGUUCAACAAGGGGUUGGGUUGGUUCUGCUUUGAACUUCUGCCGGAGCCACUGCCAUGUGCAACAUUUCAAUGGUAGAUAGGAGAAUGGACUCAGUUUCAUAGCGGCAAAUUUUGUAAGCAAACAUCACAGUGUCCAUAAAAAGCUAAGGAAGAAAAGAAGAUGGCUUUUACAACAGGAUUAGGAUCCAAAGCUAAGGACUUUUUAUGCCCCUCACAGUCACUGGCCUAAAUGUCAUUGAAAAUUUGUGGAUAGACCUCAAAAGCAUCCAGGAUGGCAUAAGAAUCUCACAAAAGAACAAGGUCUUUGUUGGAAGUUUAGGUGACAACUCCCCAAACAAGAAUUGAAAGACUUGAGAAUUGAGAGCUGCUACAUAAGCUGUUUACAACCUGUGAGAGCUGCCAAAGGAGGUAUUACUCAGUACUGGCCAUGCAGUGUCCCCAAAUCUUUGCUUCAAGCUUUUUUACUUUUUCUUAUUUUGAAACUGCAAAAGAUGGAAAUAAAACUGUAAUCUUGCUGCUCUGAACACUGAGUUCCUUCAUGUUGCCCCUUUAGAGUUCAGACCAGGAUGCAGAGUUGUAGUCUUCCACACCUCUCUGCAGUUUCCUCUCAGCUGUCACCCUCCAGUAAAUCACUUAGCUUUAUUGAGACUGUGUCUGUCCCCCGACCACCAAAAUUCAAUAAAUUAAGCAAAUCAAAACUAAACAAAAGACAUAGUAACCAUAAAAAUCUAAUUAAAAUUAAUACCACUAUUUCAACUGAGCGAAGAAACAGGACAAUUAAAUGUGGUCUGUUAAAUAUUAGAUCUCUCUCGUCUAAAUCUCUGUUAGUAAAUGAUUUGAUAACUGAUAACCAGAUUGAUUUGUUCUGUUUGACUGAAACCUGGUUGCAGCAGGAAGAAUAUGUUAGUCUAAAUGAAUCAACUCCUACUUGUCAUACUAACUGUCAUGUUCCUCGAAUCACAGGCCGAGGAGGAGGAGUGGCAGCAAUUUACGUCUCUAGCUUAAAAAUGAACCAGAGACCUAAACCUAGUUACAGUUCAUUUGAAAAUCUUACUCUCAGUCUCUCUCAUCCAGAUUUAAAAGCUCAGAAACCAGUUUUAUUUGUUGUUGUAUAUCGUCCUCCUGCUCCUUACUCUGAGUUUUUAUCUCAAUUCUCAGACUUUUUAUCUGAUUUAGUGCUCAGCUCAGAUAAAGUCAUUAUUGUGGGUGACUUCAACAUUCAUGUUGACGUGGACAGUGACAGCCUUACGACUGCUUUUAAUUCAAUAUUAGACUCAAUUGGGUUUUCUCAACAUGUAAAUAAACCAACUCAUAGUUUUAAUCAUACCCUUGACCUCGUUCUGACUUAUGGCAUAGAAAUCAAACAGUUAACAGUAUUUCCCCGGAACCCUCUUCUUUCUGACCAUUUUAUGAUAACAUUUCAAUUUACAACAAUAGAUUGUAUAGGAGUUAAGAAUAAAUAUCAUUACAGUAGAUGUCUGUCUCACAAUUCGGUGACUAAAUUUAAGGAAAUAAUACCCUCUCUAUUUAGUCCAGCACCACUUACUGAUAUAAUGGAAGGGAAAUAUUAUAAUUUUACCCCCACAGAAGUGGAUUAUAUUGUUAAUAAUGCUGCAGCCUCACUGCGUACAACACUUGAUAGUGUUGCACCUGUAAAAAAGAAAGUUCUAUCUCAGAGAGGACCUGCUCCUUGGUAUAAUUCCCAGCUGCGGACUUUAAAGCAGGCGUCCCGAAAGCUGGAAAGGAAGUGGUACUCCACUAAUUUAGAGGAAGUUUAUGUAGCUUGGAAAAAAAGUCUAGUAAUUUAUAAAAAAGCUCUUCGUAAUGCCAGGACAACAUAUUAUUCAUCUUUAAUAGAGGAAAACAAGAACAACCCUAGGUUUCUCUUCAGCACUGUAGCCAGGCUGACAAAGAGUCAGAGCUCUGUUGAAACUUGUAUUCCUUUAGCUUUGAGCAGUAACAACUUCAUGAGCUUCUUUACAAAUAAAAUUAUUACGAUUAGAGAAAAAAAAAAAAAAAAAAAUUAAUCUGGCCCUUCCGGCAAAUGUCACAGAUGUAUCAUCGAGUACAGAUACUUUAGAAUUGGCUGUAAGACCAGAUGGAUAUUUAGAAUUUUUCACCCCCAUACAUCUCUCUGAACUCAUUUCAAUAGUUUCUACAUCCAAACC